UUCCUUUCUCUUGUUUUUGCUUGCUGCGUUCGGCAUGGCGUUUGUGAUUACCUAGGAAUUAGGUACUCAAUACAUUAUAAUGUAAAAUUUGUAGUCUUGUUUUGUUAUAAGUAUGGGUGAAACUGAUGUGGUAAUUGAAACUAAAAGCUAUGAUAGGACUAGCGAAACGAUACAAGAAAAUUCGGAAACCACUAAACAGCUAGUUCAAUAUCCCAGUUUGUUUACUAGCAAAACAUUGCUGGAGCUGUGUAGUUCCUCUUGGUCUCGGUCUUCAAAAGCUAAUGAAGACGUGCAGCCCUACUUACGAGGAUGCAAGUGGUCUCCAGACGGCACAUGUUGCUUAUCAGUUGUGAACAACGACGGUGUGCACGUAGCAGAGUUGCCUAAAAAUCUUUAUUUUGGUUCAGUUUCUUCUACCCGUACAAUAGAUGUACUAGAUUCUGUGAUUCAUGUGAAAGAAGCUGGAUUAGUAUAUGAUUUUUGCUGGUACCCGUUCAUGAACAGUGCAAUACCCGAGUCUUGCUGUUGGAUAACCACAAGGCAAAAUGCUCCAGUGCAGAUGUGGGAUGCAUUUGAUGGAUCACUACGCUGUUCAUACCGGGGCUUCAAUGCUGUGGAUGAAAUGGAACCGGCAUUGUCUAUCACAUUUAAUAGGGAGGGUAGUAGAAUCAUAGCUGGUUACAAGAAAGUAUUGAGGACCUUUGAUGUUGAGAGGCCAGGCAGAGAGUUUGCAGAAAACAAAAUAUCUAGUCCGGCAUCCUGUCUUGCAGUAGACAGCUACCUGCUGGCUGUUGGGUCUUGGAAUACCACAAUCAGUCUCUACAAUAUGACUGAAACUGGGACUUACAAGAGCAUAGGAAAAAUGCAUGGUCAUUCUGGUGGAAUCACACACAUGAAAUUCACUCCAGAUGGUUUGAAACUCGUAUCUGGGGCUCGCAAAGACCACCGCCUGCUCGUAUGGGACAUCAGAUGUUACCGGCGACCUCUCAACAUACUCAGUAGAGCAGUGAACACAAAUCAGAGAAUAUAUUUUGAUAUAUCACCAUGUGGGAAAUAUUUAGUUACAGGGGGCACAGAUGGUAUCCUCAAAGUGUGGGAUGUCGACCAAGCAGAUUGGAGAGAUAGCUUAGAUUCCGGUGAUAUUGAUAGGGAUAAUGUGACAUAUAAGUUUCCUUUGCACAAGGAUUGCUGCAACAGUGUCUCAAUACAUCCUUGUAGACCAAUACUAGCUACGGGAUCCGGGCAAUACCACUUUGAAGAUCCAGUCAAAUCGAUACAGGAGAGUGAAGUUCAAACAGAUAGUGUGUACCGAAAUGGUGAACAUGAUGAUUUUAGUGAAGAUAUGAGGUACUCUUGGAAAGCUGAAAAUAGUUUGAUGUUUUGGUGGACAGGCGACGUACCUGAUUUGACAUAAAACUAGUAAUUUAACAAAAAAAUAUUUUGUUUUAUUUAA